GACUGGCCCGGGGAACAAUGACUCGCAGCCGGCUGGCCCACGUCGCCCUGGGCUGCCUUUUCCUUGCCAGCUACUGCAGCAAAGCAGAAGCAGAUGGCCUGGAAGUCUCCAUGCCAAAGGUAGUAGAGGCAGAAGUCGGGAAGGAAGCCACCAUCUACUGCAACUUCUUCAUCCCCGAGAACAACUCUUAUUUCUACGUCAAAUGGUUCUAUAUGGAGAGAAACGAGCGGAAGGAGAUCUUGUCCAGGACCCAGGAUAGGGUUGAAUCCAAGGAGUCAGAGAUGAAAGAACGAAUUAACAUCACCGAUGAUUUUGCCCUCACCAUCAGCAAGGUCACCCCACGGGAUGCCAAGACUUACCUGUGCCAGGUGGGAGCAGGCAGAGCCGGCUUUUCGGAGAAACAGACAGAGCUGCGUGUCUCAAAGGCUCCAGAAACAUCAGUGACUGUUGAGAACGAGGGCAUCGGGGCAUCAAAAAAUGAGCUUUCGAAGAUUGCAACAUGCACCAGCCAGAAUGGUUACCCUACCCCAUCCAUCACGUGGUACAAAGAUCAACAACCACUGUAUUCCAACGGGACAGAAACGGAUAUCCGCAAUGCGGUCAUCAGGGAGUCCAAUGGGCUCUUCACGGUCAGCAGCACCCUCUUUGAACGAGUCACCAAAGAGGACCGCGACGCCUUCUACCACUGCCAAGUGGAUUACAGCCUGAUGGGCGUCAGCAAGAUAUUCCAGACAGAGAACUUCCAAAUCAAAGUGCUUUAUCCCUCUGAGAAUGUCAGCUUCGUCAUUGAUGGACCUAAACAGGAACUGAAGGAAGGCGACCGGGUGACGCUGCGUUGCAAAGCGGAUGGGAACCCUGAGCCCGAUUACACGGUUUUCAAAGGGGAGGACAAGUUGCUGGAUGGCCCCUCUGGAGAGCUGAUCUUGGGAAACAUCACCAAGGAGGACAGCGGCACCUAUCAUUGCCUAGUGUUUGAAUUCGAGAUAAUGAAAGAACUGAAGGCCAGCGUCAACCUGUCUGUCAACUAUAUCGACGAGCCCAAAAUCACCCCAAAGCACCACGAACCUUUGAAGGAAGGGGAAGAUUCCCUCCUUACCUGCGACGCAAAAGGCUCCAAGCCUUUGGAAUUCAAGUGGAAAAGGAAGGGGAAAGUGGUAUCGAAAGGAAAGCAACUCCAGUUGGUCAACGUCACCCAUGAGACCUUGGGCAACUACAGCUGCGUGGUAACAGUGCCCGAAGUGACGGGCCUGAGCCGCUCCAGACAUUUCUUUGUCAGUGUUCAUUCAAAGCCCCAACUGACCUGGGAGCAGCGUCCACGGUAUGCACAGGUGAACGAGCUCUCGAGCCUGUCAUGCACCGCCAUCUCCGUGCCCAAGGCCACCGUCUUGUGGAGUACACACAAUGGAACGAGCACGCAUUCGUACCGGAAUAACCAGGUCAACAGUACACUCCAGAUCCAGGUCACUCCAGAACAUCUGAAAUCUGGAAUCAACUGCACAGCCCAAAAUAGCCUUGGCUUGGCAGAGCACCAUUUCAGGCUGGAGAAGAGACCAGACACACCUCCUCCUACUACCGGGAUUGAUAAACAGAAGCAAGAGAGCAAAGGCGUCAUCAUCGUGGCUGUUAUCGUUGGCAUCCUGGUGAUCGCCAUCUUGGGUGCUGUCCUUUACUUCCUGCACAAGAAAGGGAAACUCCCCUGCGGGCGCUCCGGCAAACAAGAGAUCACAAGGCCUGAAGCACAUAAAGACGAGAUUGUAGUUGAAGUUAAGUCAGAUAAACUUCCUGAAGAGGCGGGGCUUCUGCCGGGCGCCAACGGCGAAAAGAGAUCUGCAGGCGACCAGGGAGAGAAAUACAUCGAUCUGAGGAACUGAGAGGAAGAGUGACUGCACUGUGCUUUCCCCCGGACGACUUCUCCUGGCCCUUUUACUGCCUCCUGCCCCUGCAUGCGAUUAGCCAGAGUCCUUCAAGCUCAGCACCAUGAGUGCACAAGAUUGCUCUGUGGGAAGGAACCCCCAGCAAAGGCUUGGAAGGAUGACUGGAUGCGUUCAUGCAGACAGGGCUUCCUUACAGGACACCCCACCAUCACCCAAGAUUUUAAAAGACGAGAUUCGGAGCAUCCCUGUUAAGGAGCUAGACCACAGAGAAAUGUGCUCUAGAAGAGUUCAGCGCUUGCUGUUUAUUUCUAAAACAGACUGUAAAACAGCUGAAUACUUGCCAGGCCUAAUGGGGCAAAUUUAAACAUCUCUACUUAUAAUGAGAAACUUCAUUGCCCCACAGUUGAAACUUAAUCCUAAGUGAGCACAUUUUAAAUAAAGGUGCGGAAUGACAGAAGGGCAAGGGAGAUCAUGGAUUUCCACCCUGGGCUGGGGCUGCUGCAGUGCAAAACGAUACCAGCUUUCACACAGCGCUUAAUUUUUGCAGGCAAGGUGCACACCUGUGUGCAGCUAAAGUCCUGGCUGGAAAGCCACUCCUCUCAGUUGCGCGAAGCUGCAGCCGUCCCUCUGUUUUGGACUAAGGCCCCGGUGAAAGCAGGAGGGCUUGCUUCUAGGUAAACGUAUGUAGGGUGCAGCCAGCACACCAAGGGGUCUUUUCCUGUGCUGUAGCAGCCAAGAUGGGGGCCAGGUCUCUCUCUUGUACAUCCUGUUCAUCGGUGCAGUUUUCCUUUUUGCCUGAAGACUCCAGCUGUACUUGCUGUGCCCUAACGCCAGCCCCCAUAACUGAAGGGCAGGCUCAGAUCUGUAAAGCAGUUGUCAGACUUUGGAAAACCCUUUUCCACAGCGGCAGAAAACGAGGCACUGAAACGGAUGCCGAGCAGAAAUAGAGAAGUCUACCUUUUAUUUUUUUCUUGAAUCCCCACCGUUUGCAAGAACUCGGGCAGGUAUGACAUGAAGAAAGCUUGAAAGAAGAUGGCACCUGAACACAAACCAAGGUGCCGCAUAUAUUGGCCUUCUGAAGAAUUUGAGUCCAGUGGCACUUUAAAGAUUUUCAGGGUAUAAGCUUUCCAGAGUCAGAGCUCACUUCUUCAGAUACUGACCUCCUUCAGAUAAGGGAGUUCUGACUCUUGAAAUUCCCUAUCCUGAAAAUCGUGUUGGUCUCCAAGAUACCACUGGACUCAAAUCCUACUGUUCUAUUGCAGACCAACACAGCUACUCAUCUAAACUAUACAUAGUCUUCUGUCCUUAAUAAUGGCUCCAAAAGUUCUCUACUUCUCUUUCUCCCUCCCUCUCACACCUGUUUCAAUUUUAAAUGUACAGAAGUACCUACUUGCUUUCUUACAGGUUGCUUUCUCAUUUCCCCAAAACAACAGCAGUGGAACAGCCUCAGGUGCAAAAAACUGUGCAAGAGAUGCAGAUUGUGCUUCAGGCAACAUUUCCUAAACUUGACAAGCAAAUUCAUUAACCAAAAAAACACCAAAAAUCCCAGGGAGAGAAGGGAGUGUUGUACUUUACCUGUAAGCUAGAAAAUUAUCAAACAAACAAAAAGCUUUUGUUAUAUAUAUUUUUGUUGAUGUGUGUGUAAAUUUAAGAGUGUCUGAGUUGCAGGGUUUUUUAUAUAUGUUAUAUAUGUAUAUGAAAAUAAAAGUUUAAAAGGUC